UCCAGGAGCCUGUUCCACUCAGGGAUAUUUGGAUUUUUCAGUCUGGAUGCUGUAGCUCGGGGUCGGGCUCUCUCUGGCUUCCUCGUCUGUUUCACGGCGGCUGUGUGAGGACGCUGCGUGUCUGGCAUGCAGACAUGGGCUCCUCGUUGCUCUCUAGGAUUACCAUCUGCCUGGCCAUCACUUUGGCUCAGGUGAUUGCUGUGACCUGCCAAGAAGAUACCAAGAAAGACACCUGCACAGAAAACGGAAAAGUCUACGCCAACAGUGACAUGUGGAACCCGGAGCCGUGUCGCAUCUGUGUGUGUGAUAUGGGGACGGCGGUGUGUGAGGACGUGGUGUGCGAGGACCUUGGUGACUGCGAGAAAUCUGUGACCCCAGAUGGAGAGUGCUGCCCCGUGUGCUUGACCUCAGCUUCAGCAUCAACCCCCAGCACACACCCCGAAACAGCUGCAGAUGAGAGCAAAGGGGACAACUGCACCGUCGACGGGGAGAUCUACGUCAACAACGACAUCUGGAAACCGGAGCCGUGUCGCGUCUGCGUCUGUGACAAUGGCGUCGCCAUCUGCGAUGAGGUGCAGUGUGAGGCCCUGUCCAACUGCGAGAAGGUCGUGACACCCGAGGGAGAGUGCUGCCCUGUGUGUGACACCUUCUCCAGUGCCAGCAGGAUGAUUGAAAUCAUGGGCUUCAAGGGACAGAAAGGUGAACCAGGUGAUAUCCCAUAUGUGGUGGGGCUGCCUGGAUCUCCAGGACCCUCUGGUCCUCCAGGAGCUCAGGGUCACACUGGACCAAGAGGCUUUAAAGGCAGACGGGGAUUCCCAGGGCCUGCAGGAUUUGACGGAGAGCCUGGUGUGCCAGGAAAUCCAGGAGAACCAGGGCCGCCAGGCCAUUCCUCCCCACCUGGGUCAAACCUAGUGUCACAGAUGGCUUCAGGUUUCAGUGAGAAGUCUGGUCUGGCUGGGAUGGUGUCAGGAUCAAGGGGUGAACCAGGACCACGAGGACCUCCAGGGUCGCCGGGAUCACCAGGUCCAAGUGGUGGUCAGGGAAUCCCAGGAGAGUCUGGAGAUCCAGGACCAAUGGGUGAGCCGGGUAAUCGAGGACCAGAUGGACCACCAGGAAAAUCUGGACCUGAUGGGGGACCUGGACCCUCAGGUGCCACAGGAGAGCCAGGAUUUCCAGGAUCUGCGGGCGCAAGAGGAUUCCCAGGACUCCCAGGUCUUCCAGGACUGAAAGGUCACAAGGGACACGCUGGUCUUGUUGGGUCAAGAGGUGAAUCUGGAGCAGCUGGAAUCAAGGGUACAUCUGGUACUCCUGGUGCUAUGGGGGCUCCUGGUCCACAGGGACCAGCAGGUUUGCAGGGAGAGAGAGGCAGAGCUGGCCCAACAGGGCCUGUGGGAAAACGUGGUACACCCGGCCAUGUCGGCAAACCAGGUCCUGUGGGUCCAAUGGGAAUCACCGGUAUGCCAGGAUUUCCUGGUGGCCCAGGAAUGAAGGGUGAAGCGGGUCCAACAGGGGUGAGAGGAAGUUCAGGACCUCAGGGACCCAGAGGUGAUGCCGGACGUCUUGGACCACCUGGACCAACAGGACAGCAGGGUGCAGCAGGACCUGAUGGAGGUCCAGGUGCCCGUGGCCAAGCAGGUCUGGCAGGUGUCCAGGGUCCAGCAGGUGUGCCGGGCCCACUCGGUGCCCCUGGCCCCCAGGGAACCACAGGAUUACCAGGACCGAAGGGCCAAGUGGGUGAUGUUGGAGUGCCUGGAUUCAAAGGAGAUGCUGGACUCAAAGGAGAAAGAGGUGACCAUGGUGCUCAGGGUCCUUUAGGCCCAAUGGGAGAAGAUGGGAAGCGUGGACCACGAGGUGAUUCUGGAUCCAUCGGGCCUCCAGGACCUCCAGGAGAGACAGGAGCUACAGGAAAUAGAGGUUUCCCUGGUGCAGAUGGUUUACCAGGCCAAAAGGGAGCUCAGGGUGAAAGAGGGCUGCCAGGAUCUUCUGGUGCCAAAGGCUUAGCUGGAGAUCUGGGCCGCAGUGGAGAGCCAGGUUUAACAGGAGCUCGGGGUCUGACUGGACUUAUUGGCGCUCAGGGAGCAGAGGGAAAACAAGGACCACUGGGCUCAGUAGGAGAGGAUGGCAAACCAGGCCCAGCUGGGUCUACUGGAAACAGAGGUUCAGCUGGACCCAUGGGCCUGCCAGGACCAAAAGGCUUUGCUGGGGAUGCUGGGAAGAUUGGAGAGGCUGGAAGUCCUGGACCUCCAGGUCAAAGGGGACCAAAUGGAAAAGAUGGAGAGGAAGGCGCCGCUGGUCCCACUGGCCCAGCUGGUCCUGCAGGAAAAAGAGGAGAGCAGGGACCACAGGGACUGACUGGUUUCCAGGGUUUGCCCGGAAUGCCUGGCCCACCUGGAGAGUCAGGAAAACCAGGUGAUGAGGGUCUUGCUGGAGAGGCUGGGUCCGUUGGAGCUACUGGUCCAAGGGGAGAAAGAGGCCCUCCAGGAGAAAGAGGUGAAAUCGGACCCAAUGGGCUGCAGGGACCCAAAGGUAGUCCAGGUGGACCAGGACCAGAUGGACCAAAGGGUAACCCUGGUCCAAAGGGCACUGUCGGUGAGCAAGGGGGUCAAGGACUUCAGGGGAUGCCAGGAGAGAGGGGCAUACCAGGACCUGCAGGCCCAAAGGGAGAUGCUGGCUCGGUUGGAGAGAAAGGACCCGAGGGUAAAGCAGGAGCUGACGGUGCACGGGGACUUCCUGGUCCUGUUGGACCUGUUGGUUCCAGUGGACCCAAUGGAGAGAAGGGUGAACCUGGUCCACCGGGACCUGCAGGACGUCGAGGCUCAAGGGGAAUCGCUGGCUCUACUGGUGAUCCUGGUCCAACUGGUGCUGCUGGCUUCUCUGGGCCUUCUGGUCCUGAUGGUCAGCCUGGGGUCAAAGGUGAAACAGGUGAGCCAGGCUCAAAGGGAGAAACAGGACCACCUGGACCACAGGGGAUGGCUGGGAAACCAGGAGCACAGGGACCUGUUGGUGUAACUGGGUUGAAAGGUGGCAGAGGAACACAGGGUCAAGCGGGCUCUCCUGGUUUCCCUGGGUUGCCUGGAGGAGUUGGACCACCUGGCCCUCUUGGUGCUGUUGGGGCAGAUGGGCCCAUAGGUGCUCCUGGAAAGCAGGGCCCUUCUGGGAUUCGAGGAGAGAAUGGAGCUUCAGGACAGCAAGGAGAGUCGGGACCCUCAGGCCCACCAGGCAGCCCUGGAGAGAAGGGAGACUCUGGAGAGGACGGUCCUCCGGGGCCUGAUGGGCCUCCAGGACCUGCUGGCGCCGCAGGACAGCGGGGUAUUGUGGGUCAGCCUGGACUCAGAGGAGAGAGAGGCAUGCUGGGACUGCCAGGUCCAGCUGGUCCACCAGGAAAACCUGGAGGCCCUGGAACUCAGGGCGGCAAAGGACCCGCUGGUGGAGUUGGGUUACCAGGAGCUACCGGACCAAGAGGAGACUCUGGCACUGAGGGUGUUGCUGGAGCAGAGGGGCCUCCUGGUAAAGAUGGUCUAGUAGGGGAGAGGGGAGACAGGGGAAAUCCUGGUGCAGAGGGUCUGGCUGGUACUACAGGGUCUCCAGGAACUGAGGGUCCAGUGGGAGUCACUGGCAGUCCGGGACCCAUUGGCGAAAAUGGUGCCAGAGGCCCCCCUGGGCCCCAAGGACAGCCUGGAGUACGGGGGAAAGUGGGCCCUCAAGGACCACAGGGAGAGAAGGGGGCAACUGGAGAACAAGGAGAGAGGGGUCAGAAAGGACACCGAGGUUUCACAGGUCUCCACGGUCUCCCUGGAAUAACUGGUGCCACAGGGGAUGCAGGAGCUAUCGGUAUUGUUGGACCACCUGGACAGAGGGGACCUCCAGGAGUGUUGGGUCCUCCUGGAAAGGAAGGAAACAUCGGCCAGCCUGGACCGAUGGGCGCUCCUGGAAGCAGAGGAGCCAGUGGAGACAUCGGGGCACAGGGUCCACAAGGUGAACCCGGACCCCCUGGCCCUCCAGGCCCCCCAGGACCUCCCACUGCGGUUGUGGAAGACCUCUUUGUCGACCCAGUUGACUAUGACGGGAACGGUGACGUGCCAGAGGCUGUGGAAUUCGUCGAGGAUGGUGUGGCUUCUGAUCCUCCUCCACUUCCAGAGUUCAACAAAGACGAAGCCCUUCCCAAUAAGAAGUCAGCGAUCCUGCGUGCAAACACCGGCGUCCAUGCUACUCUGAAGACACUCAGUGGAAAUCUGCAGAACUUGCGCAGUCCUGAUGGCAGCAAGAUGAACCCCGCAAAAACCUGCCAGGACAUCAGGCAGUGUUACCCCCAGAAAAAGAGCGGUGAGUACUGGCUUGAUCCAAAUCAAGGAAGCACUAAAGACGCCAUCAGGGUCUUCUGUAAUAUGGAAAGUGGUGAAACCUGCAUCUCUGCCAAUCCGGCAAACAUUCCACGCAAAGCCUGGUGGAUGAAAUCCAGUCCCAGUGCCAACAAACUGGUCUGGUUUGGAGCCGACAUGAAUGGUGGAAAUAGAUUCAGCUAUGGAAAUAAGGAGGAGCAGCCCAAUGCAGUGGCUGUUCAAGUGAAACUGCUGCAGCUUUUGUCCAAAGAGUCGCAUCAGAACAUCACCUACCACUGCAGGAACAGCGUGGCUUACAAAGACGAGAAGAGCAGCAACCUGAAGAAAGCUCUGGUCCUCAGAGGCUCCAACGGCCAGGAGCUGAGAGCGCAGGGCAACAACCGCCUACGAUACACCGUCAUAGAGGACGGCUGCUCAAAAUCGAACGGAGAGUGGGGCAAGACAGUGAUUGAGUACAGGACUCAAACUUCAGCCAGGCUGCCCAUCGUAGACUUGGCCCCCAUGGACAUUGGAAAACCUGAUCAGGAGUUCGGCCUGGACAUCGGCCCCGUGUGCUUCUCGUAAGACACAAAUACCCAACGCAAGAUGGACUCAAAUAGUCCUUUGUAGAGGAGUAACAUCAUCGUGACAAAUUAUAGUACAUGGACUCCUCUGUAUGUGGACAUACAAAUAAAGAUUCUUCACACGUGGCUGCAUUUCCCAUAAGCUGUUGAAGCACAGUGUACUUACUGUAUCUGCCAGCAGACGAGAGCUGUGCGACUGAUGUGACGCUGACGUAAUUUAUUCACCAUGUCAAUUUACAAUCGAGAGCACAAGUACUUUAUGGGGAAAUGCAUGUGGGUGGAAAAAAAGAAAUGUCUGAGGUGCUAAUAAAAAAAGAAAGUGGGGUUUAAACAGACUUGCAUAAACUGGAAAAACAGCCUGUAAUAUUAAAGCUUAAAGAGACGUCUUUAUUGGGAACUUGGACGAGAUUGCCUGAGAAGUGAAGGUUUAUACUGAAUAAAAGCUUUCAAACUUUUUCAUUUUUCACCAGUGAUAGCUUUUUUUCCAGUAAAUGCACAUCCAGAGGCCUGGAUAGGGCAAAGACUGUAGUUCUUAAUUUUAAUGGAAUUUAAAAAAUGAAAAUCGUGCUUGAACCUAAAUUAUUUAGUUCUGUGCAGGAACUCAUUUACUCUUUCAACAGGAAACCUUUGUAUCUCCUUUUAAAACUUCAACUGUAAAUGCAACGUAUGACUGUAAAUUGCAAAUUAUUUGUUUAUUGUUGACUGUGGAUGUGGAAUAAAUGUCUUUCUCUGGAAUGACUGUGCUCUUCCCACAAACUAAAGUAAGAAAAACUGAAUAAACACUCGGUUCCCCCCUCAUG